AAAUAAAAUAAAAGAAGAGCGGAGGACGACGCCGCCUGUUUCUUCUCGGCGAUCUCCGACCUCGAGGCGAUCCCGAAAUCCUAAUUCUAAUGCCGAUCUCGCGCAAUGGUCGCGCUUGACCGUGGUGGUGGCUGCCGUCGAUGAUGGUAACGCUCCGUCGGUCGUGUGUCACGGUCCUCACCCUCGCCCUCCUCGCCGCCUCCUUCCUCGCCCCUCUCCUCCUCUUCCUUCGCGUCCCCGCCGCCGAUAUCUCCCUCGCUCUCGCAAGGAAGGAGUUUUACAGGGAGGGCACCAGUUUCGUGAAGAAUCUCUCCUCUGGACAUAGUUCUAAUGGUAUGCGGCUGAAUGCGAUCGAGCAGGAAGCUGAUGAAAGAGUGAGACUGCCCAGAGGUGUUGUUUACCAGAAUGAGGAAUCGACAAAUGUUCAGAGUACUUCCAGCGAGAAUGCCACAGUUUCUGGAAAUGUUGGAGAUGGAGGGCAUCAGAAUAAACAUGAACCAGGAUCUGCUGGUAGAGAGGAUAAGGAUCUUAAAUCCUUUAACAGACCAACUAGUGGUGAAACUACUAGUUCCCGCUCUCGAUCAUCUACAACUGAGAAGAUAAGGGAGAUGGAGGAUCAGAUAAUUAUGGCAAAGGCAUACUUGCAAUUUUCUUUACCAAAUAGUAACUCUCAGUUGGUACGAGAGCUAAAGCUUAGGAUAAAAGAGAUAGAAAGAGUGCUUGGUCGAGCAAACAAAGAUUCAGACUUGUCCAGGAGUCAUUUGCAGAAAAUGAAAGCCAUGGAUGUUACUUUGUCCAAGGCCCACAAGGCUUAUCCAGAUUGCUCUGCACUGGCAUCAAAAUUACGUGCCCAGUUAUACAAUGCUGAAGAACAGGUAAGGGCACACCAGAACCAAGCUUCAUAUCUUGUUCAUCUUACUGCCAGGACCUUCCCCAAGGGUCUUCACUGCCUAUCAAUGAAGCUUACUACUGAGUUCUUCACAUUGAGGCCUGAAGACCAACAGUUGCCUAACAGACAGAAUGUGUAUAAACCAGAUCUCUAUCAUUUUGCUAUUUUCUCUGACAAUGUGCUGGCUUGUGCAGUGGCUGUGAACUCAACUGUAACCACAUCCAUGGAACCAGAGAAAAUUGUCUUUCAUGUGGUAACCGAUUCCUUUAAUUUUCCAGCAAUGGUGAUGUGGUUUUUGUCGAAUCCUCCUGGGAACGUCACCAUUCAGAUACAGAGCUUGGAUGAUUUUGGAUUCUUUCCAGCUGACUUCAGUACAAUGUUUAUGCAUCCAGCUAAAGCUGAUCCAAGAUACACCUCACCACUCAACCACCUUCGUUUUUACUUGCCAGAGAUUUUCCCUUCCCUGAACAAGAUUUUGCUUUUGGAUCAUGAUGUGGUUGUGCAAAGGGACCUCAGACAGUUAUGGAGUGUAGAUAUGAAAGGAAAGGUAAAUGGAGCAGUGGAGAUUUGCAAGAAUAACAAGUCGUCACUUAAAUUGGAAAUGCUCAUCAACUUUUCAGAUCCAAUCAUAGCUAGUACUUUCGAUGCCGAGGCAUGUGUAUGGGCAUUCGGCAUGAAUAUGUUUGACCUAAAGGAGUGGAGAAAACAAGGUUUAAAAGGAGUUCACCACAACUUGACACAACUUGGCCAAAGCAGGCAGCUAUGGAAAGCAGGAAGUCUUCCACUGGGUCAGUUACUCUUCUAUAACCACACUGUGGUCUUGGACCGACGGUGGCAUGUUCUCGGGCUUGGUCGUGAGUCAGGCAUGGGAAGAGCAGAGAUUGAGAGGGCAGCAGUUAUCCACUACGACGGGAGCAGGAAGCCGUGGUUGGACAUCGCAAUUCCAAAAUACAGAAGAUAUUGGACCAAGUUCCUCGACUACGGUAAUCCCUACUUUCAACAGUGCAACAUCCAUGAAUAGCAUAACAAGUCUUCUCUACAGCUUAUAGUUGAUGUUUGUGGAACACAUCGGCAACUUCUUAUUUUUUUCGACAUAUUUUUCUCCUCACUUUUGUUGGAUGUAAAUCAGCCUCUCUAGCAUUCUCUAAUCUCCCACUGCCAUCAUUGUCAUUAAUUUGCUAAUUUCUUUUACUAAACAAUGAGGAAUAAACAGAUAAUUGAUGGGUUUUUGAACUGGAAAAUGGAGGUGUCUUUUUUUGAUGCACCGAAA